AUGACCACUGAUAACUCGGCGAGACUUAUAGUCAAAAACAGCGGUGGUAUAGAGCAAGCCAAUUUUUACAUUCAUUUACCGAACCAACAACCGGAUUUUGACAACUCACACGAGGAUUCCAAAUUUACACCGUUUUUCCUCUACAUUUUUAUCGGGACACUAUUGAAUAUUGAUAAAGGAGAUCAAAGUGUUACAAUGUACAAUGAAAGUCAUGGCUGGAUGAGACGAAUAGCCAUAAAUAUCACAUCAUUUUCUCGCCUCAAAGUCAACGAUAACCCUUCUAAAGAGUAUAAAAUAUUUAACGGAUAUAAAACACAAAAAUGGACAGGUACCAAUCCAGACCGAGUUAUUCAUUUCACCAAAAUCAGUGCCUUUCCCAUGCCAAUCAUAAUUCCAGGAACAUUAUAUGUGUCUUUGGCAGGAAACAUUACUCAUGAUUUACCCAGAAGAAUAUCUCUGGAACUCAGUAUUACUAAAUAUUUCUUUGGAGUUCCUUUCAUGAUUCCUUGUAUUAAUAGUUAUAUUGGAUCUUGUACAUAUGAAAAUGUGUGUUCGAGAUUUGAAAGAUACGAGAAACACGGUUGUCCCAGAUCUAUGUCGUAUUACGGGAUACAAUGUCAUUGUCCAAUCAAAGCAGCAGAUUUUUCAAUUGUUAAAAUACCGGUAAAUGUACCUAAAAUAAAUGGUUUUGCAUCAGCAUUACUAAAUGGUCACUAUGCACUGCGUGUGGCGAUAGUAGACGAGUCAAGAGAAGAACUUGGGUGCCUGGAGGUGAAGUUUGCUCUAAAGAAACGACACAGGGGAUGGAUUUUCAAAAUAUAG